AUGAAACUAACAAAAUCACAGUUUGUGCUCUUGGUCACACUAGUGACAAUCUGGACCACCACUCCUGAUGUGGUUGGUGGUGGAAGAAUGCCAAAUCAAUACGGUGGCUAUAACCCAUCACCACCAUCCCAACCACCUCCGACAUUUCAGAGUCCACCACUUUCUUAUGCAAGUCCACCACCUUCUCAAAGCUAUCAACCACCUCCAUCAUCUCAAAAUCCACCACCCUCUCAAGGCAAUCAACCACCUACAUCACCUCAAAGUCCACCGUCUCAAAGUUAUCAGCCACCUCCCUCGCAACAAAAUCCACCACCAUCUCAAGGCAUUCAACCACCUCCAUCAUCAAAAAGUCCACCAUCUUAUGCAACUCCCCCACCAUCUCGAGGCCAUCAACCACCUCCAACAUCUCAAAGUCCACCACCUUCUCAAGGAUAUCAACCACCCUCAUCUCAAAUUCCACCACCAUCAUCUCAAGGUAAUCAACCACCACCAUUUCAAGGCCAUCAUCCACCUCCAACAUCUCAACCACCACCUUCUCAAGGUUAUCAACCAUCCCCUUCGUCUCAAAGCCCACCACCACCAUCAUCUCAGAGUCCACCACCAUCUCAAGGUUGCCAACCAUCUCCACCAUCUCAAAGUCCACCACCAACUCAUGGAUAUCAACCACCACCAUCUCAAGGCCAUCAACCCCCUCCAUCGUCUCAAAAUCCACCACCAUCUCAAGGCCAUCAACCCCCUCCAUCGUCUCAAAGUCCACCACCAUCUCAAGGCCAUCAACCACCUCCAACAUCUCAUAGUCCUCCACCUUCUCAAGGCUAUCGAUCACCACCAUCGCAAGGUCAUCAACCUCCACCAUCUCAAGGACAUCAACCACCUCCCUCAUCCUAUAGUCCACCCCCUUCUCAAGGUUAUCAGCCACCUCCAUCUCAAAAUCCACCACCUCCGACAUCUCAGGUUCCACUGCCUUCUCAAGGAUGUCAGCCACCCCCGUCUCAAUGCCUACCACCAUCUGAAGGAGGUCAACCACCUUCAUCACAAAGUCCACCUUCACCAUAUCAAAGUCCACCAACUAAUCAAGGUUAUCAAGCACCUCCAUAUCAAAAUCCACCACCAUCACAAGGCCAUCAACCGCCUCCAUCAUCUCUUAGUCCUCCCCCUUCUCAAGGUUAUCAAUCAUCUCCAUCGUCUCAAACCCCACCACCAUCUCAAGGCCAUCAACCACCUCCAACACCUCAAAGUCCACCACCAUUGUAUGCAAGCCCACCACCUUCUCAUGGCUUUCAACAACCUCCAUCAUCAAAAUGUCCACCAUCAUCUCGCCACCAUCAUCGACCACCCUCCCAUAAAAAAACGCCACCGGUAAGAUCAUAUCCACCACCACCAUCACAAGGUCAAUCUCCACCCUCAUAUGGUUUUCCAUCCCCUCCACCACCAUCUCCUAUACCAAGUCCACCAGCCUCGCCUUACUAUUAUCAGCCACCAUCUAGUCCAUACCAUAAAACCAUUAUGGGUUCAAAACAGUAG